UAAAAUAAAUAAAUGGCAACACCAUUUAUAAGCUAUCUCUUGGCUAUAAUUUCGCGACUGUUCUGUGAUCUCCGGUAUUUCUUAAAUCUUAAACUAAAAUUUAUCAUUAUUUCUGAAAGAAAGAUUAUUUUAGCUUUAUAAUUUAUUGGAACUAAUAAAACUAUUGUAAUUUUGUGUUUUUACAUUAUGGCUCGGAAGGGAGGCACAAAGGAAGGUUUCUCUCACGAUUCUUCUAUAAGUAUGCCCUCUGAACAAAGAACUAGUGAAUCAACAAAGCAAAAAAUUUCAAGGAUACAUGAUACUUUUCCUGAAACUAAGAAGGAAACUAUUGCUAAAAUUCUUCAGUUUUAUGAUGAUGAUGAAAAUAAAGCCAUAGAUGCAAUAACUAGAGAUGGAGGCCGGGAAGCUUUAAGUCAUUUAGCUGAAACUGGAAGCCUAAAAAACAAGAACAAUAAAAACAAAAAGAAGAAAAAGAAGCCCAAGAAGGAUGUAGGUGGAAUUACUGCUACUGCUUCAUUUGAUGCUGAUGAUAGCUCUAGUCUUCAUAGUAGUGGAAAUGUUGAUGCUGAUAUUGAAAAAGAAUGCCAGCGAGUUGAAAAUGGAAAUGGUUUUCUCCCUGAUGCUGUUGAUGAAAUAGAAAGUGUAAAUUCAACUCAUACCAAUCAUGAGAGGUUACAGGAUUCUGAACCUCUGAGCUUGAAUCUUGACACAAGAUCAGCAGCCAGCACGCCAGAUCAAGAACUGACCCAGUCACUUCCAUUAUCUGGUUAUGAAAAACCUAAUCCACUUGGUAGCAAGCAAGAGCCAGAAAACAUACCUUGUAAUUCUCCUCUUUCUGAUAAUUCAGAUAAACAUGAUGAGCUGGAUAAAAUUAAAAAUAGAGCAGCCAAUGAACAACAUUAUAAACAAUCUCUUAGGCAGAGGACGAGCAGUUUCCGACGUAGUAAAACCUCAUCACUAUCUGAAGAUUCAUCUAGUCAGUAUAGUUCUCAAAAUGCUGCUGCUAAAAGAGGAAUUGAUAGGUGUAAAAAAGAUUUAAAUAGACAAGCUAUCUCUCUUCAAAGGAUACAUUCUCAAGUUGAGAAAGGUUUAGAAGAAUCUGCUAAAAAAAUAAAAAAUGUGUUUGGUGAUUUACAAAAGCAACUAGAAAAUAGAAAGAAAGAAGUAGAAGCAGAGUUAGAGAAACGUAAAGUUGAAGCUCUAAACCUUAUCAAAAGUAGGCAAGAUUUAGCAGUUGAGCUGAAGAGACGUGUUGAUCGCUCUCCUUCUAUGACAGACAAUGAAUGGAAUGAACUUAGAUCUGAUAUUAAAUUGUUUGUCACAGAACGAAAGUAUGAUGAUGAUCUUGGUAAAACAAUUUGGUUCCAAUGGACAGAUAUAUCAGAUAGUAUCAAGAGCUUUGGAGAAGUUCAACCUGUGAAGAAUGUGUACAGUCAGCGAUCUAAUUCUGUUUUGGCUAGUUGUGAAAAUCCUCAAAACAACCCUGAACCUAGUCCUUCAUCUUCUCUCGCUAAUGAAGAUAUAAAUGACAGUACUGGUAAAAAUGAUGUUGCAGUGAUAUCUGAUACUGUAGAAGAUGAAACUCUAGCAGGAACCAAAGAAGAAACACCCUCUGCGAAUAAGCCUAAAGCUAAUGAAAAUCGAACGUAUGGCCGUGUGUAUUCCAAUAGACGUUUUGGACGAUUCAAUCCUCAUUUCCAGUCUAAUCGUGGCUAUAGAGGCAACAGAGGUGGGAGUGGCUACUCACGACCCAAUUACAACAACAGAAAUAAUUAUCAAGGGCCUCACAGAUACUACGAUGAUCAUCGUAACUAUUCACACCAAGAUAACAGAGAUGGAAGAAUUAACGAAAAUCAAGCGUAUUCUAGUAACGAAAGAAACAUGAACAACAAUUAUAAAGAUAACAAAAGUGAUAGAAAUCCAGGAAGAGGACAGCAUUCAAAUAUGAGAUAUCAACAGCAUAAUCGAUUCAGGGAUCAGCAUCAAGGUCAUCGACAAAAUGUCGAUAAUACUUUUGCCGAUCCACCUGCAAAGUCUUCAGAAGCUAGCGUAUCUGCUAAACCGGCUGCCCUAAACGGAAUUGACAACAAUUAAAUAUAUUUUUCUUCAUUCUACCCUUUUUGAUUUCUCUUCCCCUCCCUCAACUCUGGUUAAGGUUACACCUUCAAUAGUUAACUACUUUAUUUUGGUUAAGUUAGGAACUGCUGAUGUUCUUGGAAGUUCUUCUGAAAAAUAAGUUCUGCAGAGCAGGUAGCUUAUGUAUCGGAUUUUUACCAAACUUUCCCAUUAUUUAUUCUUUGAAUAUUUUCAUUUCCUUUUCAAAUUAGAAAAGGUAAUAAUUUACUUUAAGUUUUUUUGUGUACUGAUUCAAGUAUUCACCAGCAUUAAUUAUAUCCUUAGAGGUGCAAUUUAAAUUUUGUUAGUCUGUAUCUACAUACAUUAAGUAGAUAGUUUUGUCUAAUAAUUGUGACUUUUUUACUAUGUUAAAAAGUCCAUUAUAAAGUUCGUCUCUUAUUAUAAUAUAGCUAAUUCUGUUUUUUUUUUAAAAGAAAAUUAAAUAGUAUGAGUUGAAUGGUUGUUGAUUUAUUAUCUUUAUAGUUUGAAGCAGUUCUGACUGGAAUUUACGUGUUCCUUUGAGUCAAAGUGCCAAAGGCCAAAAAGUGGCUUUUAUUUUGGAACUUGUGUAAUAAAAAGUUUCAAUGUUGUGCCUUAUUGUAUAUGCAUUACUCAUUAAUGAUGCACAUUUUUAGAAGUUUUCCUUUCUUCUGCUAUUUGUUAUUAGCCAUUUAAACCUUGUCAAAAUGUAUUGAACCAGUUAAGAUUGAAUUCCUAAGUGUAAAUUUCAACUAAUUUUUGUUCAGGUUGAAUAAUCUAGUCUAGAUUUAAGUUUGUGCUUUUUUUAUUUUUGUGUUGCUGUUAGCCAUUUUAGAAAAUAUUUUCAUAAAUUUUGAGAUUUAUAUGUUCAUAGAAGUACGCAAGAAUAAAAUUAAAAACAAUGAUAUGUGGAACUUAAAUCUAAGUGAAACAUUUAUUACUUAUAAUCCUAAUAGCAAAUAUCUUCCUGCACAUCAUCGAACUGCAGUUUAUUAAAACAUCUGCACUUUAUUUCUUUUUUAUCUCAGAUUUAAAUAUAAUAAUAAUCAUAGCACCUGAUUUUUUUAUUUAUUUGGGAAGAAAAACAAAGCCUUAAAAUAAUGAGAAAAACAGUAAUUAUUUUUAAUUCCUAAACUUACUCAAAUUACUAAGUGUUUCAGGUCUUUAUCAAAUUUUGUUUGUCAAUCUGUAGAUAUCUAAACAAAAGAAAAGUGAUAUCUUUCACAAAUUCCAACUAAUAAUCUUUUAACUAGAAUUUUAAAAAAUAGAAAAUUCAGAAAAUAAAUUUUUAGUUUCUGUAAACUCUUAAUUGCUUGUAUAUUGAGUGUACAGGGAGUUAGUACUAUUUUCUAAAUUUUCAUUUGUUUGAAAUUUAAUAAUUUUUUUUUAUAACUAAAAUAAUAAUUUGUGUACAUUUUUACGCAUGUUAGAUUAAACCUUAUUUUUACUAUAAUACUAUGUCUGACUGUGCUAAGUUUUUUUUGCAACUAGGUUUGCUCUGUAAAUUCUGCUAACGGUUGCAUGGUUAAAAUAUUGAUCCUAUUAUUUCUUAUCCAAACAAUUGUUUUAAAUGUAUUAAUUCCUAAUUUAAACUUCAAUUAUUCAGGUUGAAUAUUCUAGUCCAAGAUUAAGUUUAAGAGAUUUGAUUUUUGUAUUCUUAUUAGCUAGUUUAAAAAAAAAUUAUUUUUUGAAAUUAUUAUGAACGUUCCUUAAAUUAUGCAUGGAAUGAAAUCAAAAGCAAAAUAUGAUAUGUGGAACCUACAAAACAUUUACCAUGUAUUUAAUUUAUUAAAUACAAAAUUUAUUAAAAUUAUGAAUUAUUUAAAAUCUCAAUUUCUUGUUUUUAUACCAAUCACAUGCUUAAGAUAAAAUGUUUAUAAUUGUAUUAUAAUAUUUUGUUAUUUGUUUUUAAAAGUUUAAGAAAACAUUUUAUUAAAUCUUAAUCUGGUUCUUUCUUUCUGCUUGCAUGCUUAGUUUUCGGUUAUUUGGAGCACUUCGAUAUCUACGUAAAUGUGAGGAUUAUCUUUUAUUUUGUACAUUUGUGCCUUCAAAUCAAAGAGCUCUUCUGUAUGUUGCGUUUGUCAAGCCUUAGACGGCCAUAUAUAAUAAAACAUUAAUCUAUUCGUAGUAUUGCCAGAAAAAUAGCUGACAUUCAUGUAUUUCAAUGCUUAUAACCUCCAAAACAUCGCUGUAAUCUAACUUAUAAUCCCACUUGUAAAAUGUAUAUAUUGUACUUUUUUUUCCCUUUCAAUUAUUAGCUGUGCAAUAUGUAGUGCAUGUUGUGUGCUUUAGUGUUUUUUGCAGCCUUUGAUUAAUGGGACCAUUUUUUUCCGUGCCCUUCAAACUUUGGCAUGUUUUUUGAGAUCCUCAUGUAUGUUUAACUAGUUGUGAAAUUAUUCUUCAGAAAUCACUCCUCUUUUGUGAAUAGUGCUUUUUUUCUCCUGUGAUUUGCCUCUGUGUAAUUCCUGUAUCAUACCGUUAGAAUUUCAUGUGUAUAUAUAAUUGUAUAUAUAUAGUACACGUGCUUGUUAAUAAAGGCAUUUUUCAUAUCUUGAAAA